ACUUCCAUAACAACAAGUCACGUGGCGCCAAAACAGAAUGGCGAUGUUAUUAUACAAGUAAUUAAUUUGAAUUAUUCAGAAGCUCUUACAGUUUAAAUUAUAAGGUGGAUAGCAACUAACAGAAAUUUCUUAAUUUCUUAAUUGAAAACAAGUACAAAGAUUUAUGAAAAAGUUUUAAUCACAUUCAAUUUAUAUUGAACUCUAUUGAAAGUUUUUGUAUUGGGAUCACUAAAAUCAGAAUAUUAUCUAUGGAUCAUAGAAGUGGUUUAAAUUUAGAAUAUAAUUUUGGAUCGGAUCAUCGUCGAGAGUCUCUUCGAUCAAAAUAUCGUCCUUUUAGUCAUUUUGAUAAUAUGUCAGAAGGAAUAUCUCAAAAUUUGGACAGCCCUACUCCAGACAGAGCAGUAGACUCACGAAGGGGUUAGUAGUAUCAUUUGCUUACACUUAACCUCAGGGUUUUAUAUUUUUAUUCAAAUUUGUUUAGAAUAUUUUAUUGAUUAUUAAAAUUAAAUUAUUCUAAAAGUUUUUGAAACAGGGAAAUGUUAGAAUUUUAAGAUUAAUAUUUCUUUAAAUAGUGGUUAAAUUGGUAAAUUAAUAGUUUGCUCCAUCAAAAACUGGAUUUAGAAAGCUUUUUACUGAAAGCACUCUACGAACACAUCCUAGAUCAACAAAAAUCGACCAGCUAAAUAUUACUAAAACUAACGCAUUUGAAGAGUUAUGAACAAAUUGAAAACACAUCUAUAAACAUGAAAAAAUAUCUUUCAUGCAAGAACCAUGAGAUUAUAUGCUAACUUUUAUACUUGAAUAGGAUCAGUCUUGGAAAAUCUGGUAGGUUAUCAGUCACGGAGAAGAAUCAGUGAGAGGGAGAAAAGAGAAUUAGAAUCUGAACCUUUAUCUCCAAUUUCAAGCACAAAAAAGAAAAGGAAGAAAAUUCCCAUUACCGCUAAUUUGUUCGGUACAAGAUAUGAAGUCGUAAGGCAUAUGGCCCAACGAGCUGGACUAACAAUACAGAAGGAGGAUGACUCUUCUUGGUUUGAUAAUUUUUGAAGAGAUGUAACAAACUGUUUACUUAAUAACACAUUCUAUAACAGCUACUUAAUUUGGAGUGAUAGUUUUGUGGCAUCUGAUGUAAUUACUUCAUUGAAAGACUAUCAAAAAAUCAAUCAUUUUCCAGGUAUGGGCGAAAUUUGUAGGAAAGAUUGUCUUGCGAGAAAUAUGAGAAGGGCGAGCCGUUAUCUAGAAAAUGACUAUAAUUUUGUUCCAAAAACAUGGAUUUUACCAUCUGAAUAUAGUGAAUUACAAUCCUAUUACAAAGACUUAAAAAGAAGAAGUAAAAAAAAAACUUUUAUUUUGAAGCCAUCAAAUGGUGCUAUGGGAAAUGGGUUUGGCUUUAGCUUUAAAUUUUCAAGAAUUCAGGUCUCUUUAUUUCGUAUACCUUUCAGAAUUAUCUUGUACAGAAAUGCUGAAAAAAUUGCUCAAAGCGAGCAAACUGUUGUUCAAGAAUAUUUAGAAAAACCAUUGCUCCUUGAAGGAUUCAAGUGUGAUAUGAGAAUCUACGUGCUAAUGACAUCUUGCGAUCCCUUAAAACUGUUUUUAUUUGAUGAUGGAUUGAUAAGAAUGAGCACCGAGAAAUACACUCCACCAAAUGAAGGGAAUAUAGAAAAGUUGUUUAUGCAUCUAACAAAUUAUUCCGUGAAUAAACACUCUGAAAAUUAUGAAAAGAGUGGUAAAAUUGACACUGGAAGCAAAAGAACAUUACAAUACUUCCGAGAGUACAUCAGAAAACGCGACAUUGACGACAAGCUGCUUUGGCGACAUAUCAUUGAUUUGAUAAUUAAAACUAUGAUCGUUGCUCACCCACAUGUUCUUCAUGCAUAUAGAAUGUGCCGUCCAGGUGUUUCUACUGGAAAAGAUUCAGUUUGUUUCGAAAUUUUAGGAUUUGACAUAAUGUUAGAUAAGAAGCUGAAACCUUGGUUGUUAGAGAUUAACAGAUCACCCAGUUUCGGAACUGAUGAGCAGCUAGAUUAUGAUAUAAAAUCGACCCUACUGUACGAUACUUUCAAAUUACUAAACAUCCGCGCAAGCGACAAACGACGCAAUAUGGCUGAGCAAAAAGCUCAAGCUCAAAAACGACUAUUUCAAGGUCGCGUUAAAAAGGAAUUAGAUAUAACUGACAUUCAAAAGAAGAAAAUUUCUCUCUCUAAAAAGAAAGAUGAAUUGAAAGAUCUUCUUCAAAAAGUAAAGAAAGACGCUGCUCGGGAUUAUUACGAAACCCAAAAUUGCGGGGGAUUCCAAAAAAUCUUUCCCCCUCCAGAUAGACAUGCAAGAGAGAGAUAUGCUAAAUUAAUGAGCGAAGUUCAUAAGAUAUCUAUGGAAGGUUUGGGAAAGGCUUCAGGAGCAUUUAGCCAGGAAAUUCUCAGAACAUACAAUAAUCCUUUGAAGGAAGAAGAUAUAUUAGAUCUUUUAGCUCAAUGUGAAGCUGAUGAAAAAUUAACUGAUAAAAAUCUUUCCAAAAAUAAGUUUUCUCACGAUUUGAGGCAUUCAAGAGGUUUUCCAGGAUUUAAGAAAUCUACAGAAGAAUUCGAUGAAGAUAGUGAUGAUGAUUAUGAUCAUGAUGAUCCUGAUGGCGGUGAAGAUUGCGAGAGCGAUAAUAUGGAAGAACCUUUUGCAUUUCGGAACGGUACAAGGCGAUCCCGUUCUGAGUGCUCAACUCAGCGUCGAAAGCUUAGUAGACCUAGCAGUAAAACACAUAAAAUCGGACGUACAACAAGUGAAGAGCGCUUUGGAUGUCAAGCUAAACAAGAAGAAGAGAAUUUAAAGCGAACUCUCAGUGCAUUAAAUGAUAUGCGUAUUAAAUUUCCUGGCAAAACAGACGAAGAGGCCGAGUUUAUUUUAGACAAGAUGAAUGAAAACUGGAAGUUUCAUAAACCCCGAAUAGCUUCUUAUUGGCUAGUUAAACUUGAUUCAAUCAAAAGAAGGAAAGUUUUAGAUAUCGUUCGAAGUAACGUCAAAGCUCUUUUGGUGAAAGUUUGGAAGAGUGCUGAUAUUGAAAAUAUCCGAAUAAAUCGCAUAUUUUCCAGAGUAUUUAAUCGGUUACUGUGGAGUCAUGGACAAGGUUUAUGGAAUUGCUUUCAAGCAGCAAGCCAAUCAUGGGAAACAAUUUUUAGUAAAUCAUCCGACGUUAUUACUCCUAUAGAAAUGCUUUGUUGUAGAAGAGUGGUACAGCUAUGUCGGGACUGCCUCUUGAUAGUUUAUCAGUUCGCAUCCGAGUCGAAGACAGCUAGCAAAAACUCUCCUUCUCCAGAUCCUGUCUCAAAGUAGUACAAAACAAAAAAAAUUUACCUCACAAAUAUACACUUUAUACAUGAUUUAUUUUACUUUCCAGAAAACCGAUUAGUAUUGAAAGAACAAUUGGUACUCAGUGGAAUCAAAAGGAUUCUUUAUCAAAUUUUCGAAUGAACAGAGGAACACCUAUAAGACAAAUUAAUCUAAUGACACUCACAUAAACUUCAAAGAUAACAUUUCCUUUACAAAAAUGAAAAUUUAAAAUAGAAUGCUAUCCUAUGAUAUUCAUGCAGUAUAUACUGACUAUAUGUACACGUAUAAUGACAAUAAAUACAGUACUAAGCAUAUGAUAUGAAAGUU